AUGUCUGGUAUUAAACGAACUCGUACAGAUGAAAUAUUAUCAUCAUCAUCAUCAUCAGUAGCAUCAUUAGCAUCUCAAACAACAACAACAACAACAACAAUUACAACAACUUCUACAAUAUCACCAAAAAUUGAAACACCAUCCACUUUUAAUUCAAAUGUUGAAGAAGAUUAUAAUUGUCCAAUCUGCUUUGAAAUAAUUAACGAAGCAUUUGUUUCUCGAUGUGGACAUAGUUUCUGUAGUAAAUGUCUUCAACGAACAGUUGAAUCUCUUCGUCGAUGUCCAAAAUGUCAAUUAACUCUUCAACCCUCUGAUAUUUUUCCAAAUUAUACAUUAAAUGCAAUCAUAGAAAAAUACCGUCAACAACGUCCAUUACCUCAAAAUUAUGGCAAACAUGGUAGUAUUGUUGAACAUAUCUCUGAUAUGGUAACAAAUGUUCAUACAUUAAAUACCGAAGAUCUCGAUCGACUUAUGUCCAUUAUUCGUCAUCAUAAAGACAAAAUUGAUUCAAAUAGUGAAUAUGUUCAUAAUCGUUUACUUGAAAUCUUUCUCAUGCAUGUUCAUCAUGAACGAAGUGGAGCAAUUGAAUCUUUAACUAAAGAAUUAAAUAUUGUCGAUCAAGAUUUAAAACAAAUGAAUAAACGACAAAAAUGUACAUCAUCAAAUGUAAAUAAUUCAACAAAUACAAAUUCAAAACAAAUAAAUGAUGAUAAUCCAAUAUUAAUAUCAAAUUCAACAAAUGAUAUUAAAGAACAAUCAACAUCAAAUCAUACAGCAAUUGCUAAUGAUACUGUACCGAAUUGGACACAAUCAACAGGACAAGAUCUUCAUGCAACACCUGAUAUGAAAACAGAUAAACAACAAAUCGCAUCAACAACAUCAAUAUCAUCUUCCGUCAUUGUACCAGCAACAAUAGGAACAACAUCAUCAACUUUAACUAAAAAUGAUUGUAUUGGAUCAAGAAUUGCUCCAGGUGGUGCUGUUGUACCCGAAGAAACAAAUCAAAUUAGUUUACCAGCAAAUGAUGAUAUUGAAAAUCGAACUAAGAUUAUGAUGCGUUUUAUGGACGAUUUAACAAAUAUUUAUUUUUCAACAAGAAAUUCAUUAAGAUUAACUGUAGAAACUGAUGGCUCAUGUAAUGGUGAUAGUGGAUUACGUUCAUUUCGAGAUAGUUUAGCUUCUGUUACAAAAUAUUCACGCUGUAAACCAAUUGCUAGUGUAAAUUUCGUUGGAGAAAAUUUUGCUCAAGCCAGCAUUGUGUCAAGUAUUGAAUUUGAUCGAGAUUAUGAACAUUUCGCUGUUGCUGGUGUUUCAAAAAAAAUUAAAUUAUAUGAAUAUCAAUCAAUAUUAGAUAAUACCGUUGAUUUACAUUAUCCAACUAAAGAAGUUUUAUGUACAGCUAAAUUGAGUUGUAUUAGUUGGAAUCCAUAUUUAAGAAAUUACUUAGCAUCAAGUGACUAUGAUGGAUUUGUUUCUAUAUGGGAUAUGGCAACAGCACAAAAAGUUCGAACAUUUCAAGAACAUGAAAAACGUGCAUGGAGUGUUGAUUUUUGUUCAUCAGAUCCGAAAUUACUUGCAUCAUGUUCUGAUGAUUGUCGAGUUAAAAUUUGGUCAAUGCAUAAUGAUUAUUCCGUAACAACAAUUGAUGCUAAAUCCAAUGUUUGUUGUGUAAAAUUUAAACCAGAUUCACAAUAUAAUAUUGUCUUUGGAACAGCUGAUCAUAAUUUAUAUUAUUUUGAUUUACGUAAUACACGUGAACCUUGUAAUUUAUUAAAAGGCCAUAAAAAAGCAGUGUCAUAUGCUCGAUUUUUAUCCAAUAAUGAAAUUGUCUCAGCAUCAACAGAUAGUCAACUUCGUUUAUGGCGUGUUACCGAAGGACAAUGUUUAAGAACAUAUCGUGGACAUGUUAAUGAAAAAAAUUUUGUUGGUUUAGCUGUUUCAAAUGAUAAAAUUGUUUGUGGUAGUGAAUCAAAUACAGUACAUUUAUAUCAACGUGAAAUAUCUCGGCCUUUACUCAAUUAUAAAUUUGAUGAUCAAAAUACUGGAACAGCUAAGACAACAACAACAACAACAGCAGCAGCAGUAGCAACAACUAAUACAGAUCGUGUAAAAAAAGAUGAAACCGGAACAGAAUUUGUUAGUGCAAUGUGUUGGAGUAAUAAAGAAAAUAUUUUAUUGGCAGCAAAUAGUCAAGGUGUUGUUAAAGUCUUGGAAUUGUCCUAA